CCGCUCCCCGCGCCGACCCCCGCUGGCGAGGCUGAUGCGGCCGCUAAGGGAGAGGAUAGUGGUUAAAGCUCGAGCUGGAUGGAUGGGUAUGGGGAGAGGGGCAGGAUCCACAGCCCUGGGACUUUUCCAAAUCCUCCCUGUCUUUCUCUGCAUCUUCCCUUCAGUGACGUCUCCAUGCAAGAUUCUCAAGUGCAACUCUGAGUUCUGGGCGGCCACGUCGGGCUCCCACCACCUGGGCACAGAAGAGGCACCUGAGUUUUGCACGGCACUGCGUGCCUACGCACACUGCACCCGCCGCACCGCCCGCACCUGCAGGGGUGACCUGGCUUACCAUUCCGCCGUGCAUGGCAUAGACGAUCUCAUGGUGCAACACAACUGCUCCAAGGAUGGCCCCACAUCCCAGCCCCGCCUGCGGACAUUGCCUCCCGGGGAUAGCCAGGAGCGCUCCGACAGCCCCGAAAUCUGCCACUACGAGAAGAGCUUUCACAAGCACUCGGCUGCCCCCAACUAUACCCACUGCGGGCUCUUUGGGGACCCCCACCUCAGGACUUUCACAGACACUUUCCAAACCUGCAAGGUGCAAGGGGCUUGGCCACUCAUAGACAAUAACUACCUGAAUGUCCAGGUCACCAAUACGCCUGUGCUGCCUGGUUCCACAGCCACCGCCACCAGCAAGCUCACCAUCAUCUUCAAGAGCUUCCAGGAGUGUGUGGACCAGAAAGUGUACCAAGCAGAGAUGGACGAGCUCCCUGCUGCCUUUGCCGAUGGCUCCAAGAAUGGUGGGGACAAGCAUGGAGCCAACAGCCUGAAGAUCACUGAGAAGGUGUCAGGCCAGCAUAUCGAGAUCCAGGCAAAGUACAUUGGCACCACCAUCGUGGUGAGGCAGGUGGGCCGGUACCUCACCUUCGCUGUGCGCAUGCCAGAGGAGGUGGUCAAUGCUGUGGAGGACCGGGACAGUCAGGGACUCUACCUGUGCCUCCGUGGUUGUCCACUCAACCAACAGAUUGACUUCCAGACCAUCCGCUCGGCUCAGGCCACAGAAGGCCGUGCUCGUAGGAAGGAGCCCAGCCUGCCGGCCGCCCCAGAAGCCUUCACGUACGAAACGGCCACGGCCAAGUGCAGGGAAAAGCUGCCCGUGGAGGACCUCUACUUCCAGUCCUGCGUCUUUGACCUCCUCACCACGGGGGAUGUCAACUUCAUGCUGGCUGCUUACUAUGCCUUUGAAGACGUGAAGAUGCUUCACUCUAACAAAGACAAGCUGCACCUCUAUGAAAGGACACGGGACCUGGCCGCAGGCAACACGGCUCCCUCGGGGAGUCCCCAUGGCCUCUGGGUAGCACUGCUGUGUUUGAGUCAGUGUUGGUUUGGCUUGUUAUAGAGGUUUGCUCUUUCGCACUGUGGAGAGCAGGGAAAGGGAAGCAGGAGGAGACCACGAAUGAGGUGGCGGUGCCUGACAAUGGGAGGCUGGAUGUCAGAGCCACGUGGUUUGUCCUCAAACCUUGGCCCCUCUCUUUGGCACCAAGUCCCUCCACCUUCCCACCUCUUGCCUGGGAGGAAUGUGCUGCCAGUGGGACCGGUCAGGAAUUUUUGCUGGACUGUACCUUGUCUGGACCUUCCUCACCUCCCCCUCUCCUCCUCUUCCUCCCAGUAGAGUGAGUGCUGAGGAGCCUCCACCUCCUUGUAGCUCUCUCCCAGGUCCCGAAAUUGCACGUGACAGCUGUGACAUUGGCGUGCAUGAAUGUGGCUUUGUCUUCAGAGAGCAGAGCCUGCGAGGAGGGCGCGGAGCAGCAAGACAGGGCCAGCACUAUGGGGCUCAGCUUUCUGCUUGCCAGGGCUGUGCUCCACUUCUCGGACAUGUUCUGCUCUCCCCGGAGUCCCGUUGUUGCAGAAAGUGGUGCAAGGGGCCGAAACGCUGGGGAGUGGUCCCAUGCUUGCCCAGCUGCCAGUGCCAGGCGUCUUUUGGGUGCAAAGGGGACACGUUCCUCAAGCCUUGCCUUGAGUUUGCUGUGGUUUGAAGGUCAUCUCUUUUAGCCAGUUCGUUUGGCUGAUUCACUCAGUAGUUAUGUUCCUGGCUCCCUUGUCUCUGCCUGAACCCACCGAGGACUCUUGAUGGCAAUGGGAGAAACCUGGCCAGUAUUCAAGUGAUUUCUGUAACUUCUGUGUGGUGCUGGAUGAGGUCCUCGUGCCAUUUGGUGCCCAGCCCCCGAAAACUGGCAGCAGGGAGGCUGCUCAGUGGGGAGAGCUGAUCCAGGCGUCCCUCCAGCCCUGCACCCCCUUGCCUGUCCAUGCCUUGGCCAGGCCCUGGGAUGGAGUAGGAGCGUUGCGCUCUGUUUCUUUGCUGCUAGGUCUUUGCUCCACUCCUUGUCCAGCAGCCACGAAUUGCAACCCCAUUGCAGACCAGUUGCACCUUUAGCCCAUCUGGGCUUGAAAUAGAAAUAAGGCAAUGUUAGAAAUCCAUCCAGGUGAUGGGAUGCAGCAGAGGACCGCUCGGAAGCCCCAGAUAUCUGUUCCCUGCCUCGAAACGAUCGAUAAUCUCCUUCCCCCACCACGUAGUGCUGCCCAUCUCCUCCUCUCCAUGUUCCUCUGUUAUUCACCUCAUUGCUCACUGAACAAACAAGACCACCUUUAGUCUGUACCUUUGAGACCUCCUGAUGGGUUUCCCCUCCUUUCCUCAGGGGGAAGUUCCCAGAAACCAGCCCCAAAACACGUGUCACUCUUGGGGGUACCUCCUGCUCGCAAGGAAGGUCUCUGGACAGGAUGAGACAAGCUAGCAUCGAAAGAGGUGGGAGCAGGCUAUGAUUGGCAGCCUGAACUGGUGCCAAGAGGCAGCCUGGUGUAAAUACUCAACGUGACUAUUCAUUGUGUCCUAACACCUCUAGAGCUCCAUUUGUAAAGCAGCAGAGAAAUGCAAAAUUGUGUCAAUGGAUGUAAUUUAUAUUGUCUCUUUAAUAUAUAGAGCCCUGGCAUUGAUCUCGUGUGACUGUACAGAUGAAGAGAUGUAAUUGGUUUUUAAAUGUUUAAGGAAAGAAAAGAAACAAAACAAAAAAAAAAAAAAUGUGUUUACUACUUUUCUCCUUGCUUGGUUUGCUGGUGCCCCAGGUAUUCUGUUUAGGGAGAUUUUAAAAUAAGGAUAUCACAGUUUGGAGGCGCUGAGGAGAGCAACCACUGGAGCGCAGCACAGGACAGUUUAGCUUCCCAAUGCACUAAUUGCUCAGCCAUGCUGAUUUGGACUUUUUCUUUUCCCCCCAGUUGUUAAAGCACCACGUUUUUGUCUUCCCUAGAAUUUCAAACCCCAACUUUUGAAAGCCAGAAUUUGUCACUGGUAAGAGGAAACCUUUGUUUCUUGCUGUGUUACCCCAUAGACAGCAGGAGGUGUGCAAAGCGUCGCUCUGAAGAUGCACACCUUUUGGAAAGCAGUCUUAGCUGGCUGUGCCACAAGGUGCCACCAAGUCAGUACUUCCCUUAAGACCUCCCUUUCCUAGAAAGUGAUCACCCUGUGGCACAAUGUGCUGUGGUUUUGGGGUAAUUUCCAGCCAAGGAAAGUCUGUUUGAUUAUGAUGUGGCUUGGUCCCACUGCCCAGGUGAGCGCUCCAGCGGUGGCCGGCUCUCGCACAUUGGUUGGGGUAUCCCUAUUUUAGAAGCAAACAGUGAAGCACUUUAUUUUGGUUGUGUUUGACCCAGUUCUGGUUAAAGGUGAAGUGUGGCCAAGAAAGACCCAAUACUUGGAAACAAAAGAAAUACGUAGGCAAAGGGGGGGGAGGCAUUACAAGAAGCUCCCCCCCAAUUUCCUCCCUGCAUUGAGACCCACGGGAGUGUCACUGCGUGUAUAUACUGUAAAUUAUUUAUUGAGAGAAAUGCAAGUAAAGUUUGAGGUUUUUUGACAAUAAAUGCGUG